GUGCUAGGUUUACACGCUCCACGGGUUACACGGCCAACGGGUUACACGCUCCAUGGGUUACACGCUCCACGGGUUACACAGCCAACGGGUUACACGGCCCACGGGUUACACGGCCCACGGGUUACACGCCUAACCGGCUACACGACCCACGGGUCACUUGUGUUACGGGUUACACGACCCACGGGUCACUUGUGUUACGGGUUACACGACCCACGGGUUACACAACCAACGGCAUACACGACCAACGGCUUACAUGUCCCACGGGUUACAUGUCCCACUGGUUACAUGUCCCACGGGUUCCACAACCAACGGGUUACACAACCAACG